CUUCACAUGAAAAGUAAGAAAAGAUUCGGUACAUUCAAUUUAUGAAUAAAUAGUUCAAAUUCUAGGAGUCAGCGAGCUGCGAGCAGGGAGCAUCUGGUGCGAGACGAGUUCCUGACCGUCCGGGUGCAGUGCGAACAACAAGCCAUGCUUAUGGCUACGAGCGGCGAGCCAUCCUUAUAGGUGUGAGCGACGAGACGUCCGUCUGGGUGCGAGCAUUGAGUUGCCUAUCUGAGUGUCAGCGGCGAUGCGUCCGUCUAGUGCGACCGCGAGGCACCCGUCUCCAUACAAACAUAGCUAUUAUGAGCUUCGUAGAACUUUGGACCACCAUAUAGAGAGGCCUAAGAAUUUCAGGAUAGAUGGGCAUCAGGGUACUGUUUCCUUCAAAACUUCAAAACCGGAGCACUUAUGUGCAGCUUGCAACACGCUGAAACUUUUUCAAAUUGCGGAUUAUAAGGUAUGCGCUUUUGGUCCCUUUGAGGUGAAAUUUCUCUCCUCAUGCACACAAAACGACUUUACUUGUGCUCCAUUGUUCUGGGCCCCUCAUUCUGGCUACCAGUUUACAGAUUUUGGUUUUGCUGUUUUAAGAGAUUUAUUAUAAUGUGCUAAAAUGUAAUCACACCUCAACUAAUAUUAUUAUUUGAAAAUAUCCAAGAAAAACGUAAAACCAUAUACUUUG